UUCGCCUCCCUCCCACAUUCAAUGGCUGCCAUCUCCAUCCUCGAUAUCCCCCAGGAGCUAACAGAGCACGCUCUCGUCCAUGCAGAGCCCCGCGACGUCGCAAGCUUCGCUCAGACAUGUCGCAAGGCCCGCUCUCUCGUCUACGAGCAGCAUGACCAACACCUCUGGCGCCGUCUCUUUCUCGAGCAGCCAUUCGACGAUCCUCGACGCUUCUCUUGUCCGAGCUCUCCAUGUCCCUCUGACUCCGGUUCUAGUUCUAGCUUAGGUUCAUGCUCUAUCGACUGGAAGCAGGCUCUCCAGCAACGCGUCUAUGCAAGGCGCAUUAUUCAAAAAAUGUCCAGCCACCCGCCAGAUCUAGCAGCUGCACUUUCCGCUCUCAUCUCAGUCGCAAGGAAUGCACCACCAAUGCUGGACCGAAUCGACGAAUCCAAAGACCUCGUCUGGCUCAAUAAUCUUGCUCGCGAACACAGUGUAUUCGGCUUAGGUGGCUCUGACGGACGUGAAUGGACAUCUGAAGAGGAGCAGCGCAUAGCCGAACUGUGGAGUCUCAUCGGAUGGCGUGACAGCGUACUCAGCAGAGACGCCGAAGAUCUUCUGCAAGUCCGGAACAGCGCACGGGCGUUUGUCUACGAUAUGCGCAACUAUAUGCGCGAGAACCACUGGGGGCCAUUCAUGGCCGAUAAGAGUAGCUGUGUCAAUUGGAAACACGUAGAGGCGAUCAUAGUUGUCAUAUACAGCAAUCUCAUGGACCUCGGUGGGCUCUGGCCAGAUACACGACCUCCGGCGCAUCUAGAUGCCAUCCGGGCCUAUUCCGCACCUACUAGUAACUCCCACACACGCGAUCCACGGGAUUGGGCGGGCAUCGAAGGGACCUGGCGUCGAUAUGUAUGCUUCAUGGACUAUCGCGACCUGUUCACUUUCAACUAUUCGUCGAACGCAUAUAACCCGUCUUUCUUCGAAGACGAUGAAUUCCAAGAAGCGACGCGUCUUAUCGAGCUCAACCUAACAAUAACGAGUUACGGUGAAAAGAAGAAUCCUUCCGCCAGCUCUACGGGCUCGUCAUCACGCGCCUCCACCGCGUCACCGCGCUCCUUAUCUGCACCAUCCUCGCCCUUACCGCUCUCUGCUCCGAGUGGCUUAUCUUCUGCUGGAUCUGGCCUUUCUAGCAUCGCGAAGCAACUUCCUCCUGUAAUCCACUUUGUCGGCAAGUCGCGCGGUGGAAACGGUAACGAAUCACGAGUGCGCGGAACUGUGCGCAUGACAUCCGACGGACACAUCCGCUGGCGAUUCGUAAGUGCGUCAAUAUACGACGGCCACUCACAAUGGAGUUCGGAGGGAAUUCAAAUCGGCGGUGUAUGCAGCGCCGCCGGUGUUGUGGGUACAUGGACAGGAGCACACCACGAAGAAGGUGACCCUGCUGGUCCGUUCUGGUUGUGGAAAGUCGAAGAUGACCAUCCGAGUCAUCUGCAUAGUCCUUGACACAUGCUUAUUCAAUGAGGUUCAACAUCUCCACUGGCACUUGCGAAGCUUUUGAUUAAUUUUAAUCUCUCUGCUGUUUUACUAAUGAUUAAGAUGAUUGGAUAGCAUGUUUCUUUUCUCCUUCUUUUUCCCCUCGGAUUAUCUUGUUUCCUUGUUUUUCUCUUGGAUACGUAUGUGACUUUGGUAUCGGGUAUGGUCUUGACUAUGGCUUGUUGGUGAUUGGAUGGCUGUCGUCUUUUCCUUUGUUGUGGUCUCUUUUCCUCUUGUGUUCUGGAAUGGAUUAUGGUUAAUCAAUAAUGUGCGGCGGGGUUUUCUUUUUCUUUUUCUUUACAGUAAUUCGGUUUGGUUUG